AUGUUUUGGGAAUGUCAUAUUGUCACAUCAUCAAUUGAUAAGUUAUUGGAUAAUGUUGAUAAUUUAAAAUUAGAAGAUUUAUUAGAUGAAAAUGAUUUAAUUCAAGAAUGUUUAUCACAAAAUAAACGUUUAAUUGAUCAUUUAGUACAAUCGACUGUUAUGAAUGAAUUGUUACAAUAUAUCAUUCAUUUACCAUCGGAACAAAUUGAUGAACGUAAACGUUUUCGUUAUUCACAUGUUGUUAGUGAAUUAUUAUCGGGUGAUUUUCAACGUAUACAAGAUACAUUAUUACAACAAACAAAUUUAGAUACUUUAUAUUCAUUUUUAACCUUAAAUGAAACAAAACAAAACGAUGAUGAACCAAUAGUAAAUCCAAUAUUAGCCAGUUAUUUUUCACGAAUAAUGAUUACAUUAAUAAUUCGACGUCCACAAGAAAUACUAGCAUAUCUAAAAUCAAAAGAAACAUUUAAAGAUGAUAUUUUAAAACAUUUAGAUACAACAUCGAUUAUGGAUAUUCUCUAUCGUUUAAUAUCUGAUAGUGGUGAAUAUCGUUCAGAUGCGAUUCAAUGGUAUGAACAAAUAAAUAUGAUCGAUUCGAUAAUAGAACGAUUUUUACAAUCAAAUUCAUCGUCUGUACAUGUAAAUGCUGUUAAUUUAUUAAACGAUUUUGUUCGAUUUGGAAUUGAUCAAACAGCUUUCGAUGACGGUAUGAUGAUGAAUAACAAUCAGAAUAUUUUAAUGAAUGACAAUGGAAUAAUGAUGCAAAGUGAAGGACUUCAAUCGAAUAAUAUGCCUCCUCGACUAUUUAAUUCAUCUUAUCCUGAUGAACACGAUGAUAGUCAAUCACAGUCUCAAGUAUCAUCCUCUCCUCGAACAAAAGUUCUUCCCAUUGUCCUUAGUCAACGUAUUAUAUCGAAAACAAAUUUGGAGCGUAUAUUUGACGCCAUGAUUGAAUAUCAAAAUCAAAAACCUAGUUUAUUAAUAAAUGCGUGUGACUUUUUUUCGACAACUCUAGAAUUACUAUCCAGACAUAUGCCAGCACCGACAUGUAUAUCACUAAAUCCUUCUAAUAUAAUCAAUACAAAUAUAUCAACAACGUUAGAUAAUACACAACCAGUUCAAACAGUGACAGCAACAUCAAAUGAUGAUCAAAUAGCAAAAGAAAAAAAUUUGGAAGAAGAUGAAGAAAAUGAUGUUUCAAAUGAAAAAAACAGUAAUAAUAACAAUCAGAUGCAAAUUAACGAUGAAGAUGAUACGGUUGUUUCAGAUAAACUGACAACCACCUCCAAUCAAACAAAUUUGAUUUCUACACAACAACAACAGCAAAGCACUUCAUCAUUUACACUUCAAAAUGAUCCAUUAAUUCAUGCUUAUAUCACAUUUUUAAGUGUACUACCAACUCGUUUAUCAUCACUCAUUAAUGUAUUACGUAUACCGUGUCCACCAUUAAUGAAAGAGCAAGAUAGUCAAAAUGAUCGACCAUCUAACCUUCAGUUUAUCACCGAACCGUUGGGUUCAUUACGUUUGAAUUUGAUCAAAUUUUUCUCAAAAUUAUUGUAUACAAUAUCAAAUGAUUGCGCCGGUGACUAUAUUUAUCAAAUAUUUAACGAGUGUCAGUUACCGACGAUUCUUUGUGAUUUAUUUUUUCAUUAUGUAUAUAAUAAUUUUUUACAUACUCAAGUUUAUUCUAUCAUUCGAUUACUCUUUCAUGAUGUCACAUAUUCUAUUAAUAAUCCAAAUAAAGUAUGGACACGAACACCAUCACACCAUGAACAAAAUUCAUCAAUUCAUAAAUCAACAGUAAACGUUUCGUUUUCUCCUACCAGUUCAUCAUCGCCUCAACACAAAAGUAAACCAACAACAUCAGAUGAAGAAAUAUCGGUGACAGAGGAUCAAUCAGCUUCGUUACAGAAUGUUUCAGUAAUACCAGAUGAUAAUACUCCAUAUAUUUCCGAAUCUACACUCCAUUAUAAAAAUCGUCCAUUCUAUGCUUUAUUUCAAUCGUUAAUGAAUGAUUCUAACUUAAUCGAACGUUUACUUGAUCAAUAUGAAACAACUUAUUUAUUAUCAUCAUCAUCAAAACCUCUCAAUGAGGAACAAUCAUCGUCUACAACAAUUCGUUCUAUUUUUUGUUCGCCUAAUUCUGGUCAUGUUGCAACAAUUUUACGUUGCCUACGUGAUCAUGCAUCUUUAUUUGAUGAUUAUAAAGAAUAUUUAAAAAAAUCGGAUGAUAAUCAAAAACAAGAUGAAGAACAAAUGGAUGAUAAUAUGCUUCAAUUAAGAUGGCAAACAGCUGUUGAACAAUUAAAUUUAGAUGAAAAAAAAUGGUUAACGGGCAAUCUGGAUAAUCGUUCAAAUAUAAAUAAUAAUAAUGGCGGAUUAUUUGGUUCUGAUGAACUAAAUAGUCUCUCAAGACGUCAGACAUAUAAUAAUCGUUGUUUUGGAUCAAGUGGUACCAAUUAUAUAGAUGAUGAUGAUGAUGACGACGAGGAAGCAGAACGUUUUGAAAUUGAAGAUGACGAUAUAUCCAAUAAUCAUUCGGAUUCAAAAACAAAUGAACGUAAAGUUGAUCAAAUGAAGAAUAUAUCGUUUGUAGCACAAUUUCCUAAUACAUUGUUUGGUGAACAAUUAUUGUGGCAUCAACAAGAUGAUAUAAUACAGACAAGAAAUAAUUUAUCACCUCAUCAUAGUAAACCAAUUUUGCCCGAUCUAUUAGAAAAUCAUCGACAAAAUUUAAAUAUACAAAAAUCAUCAGCAGAGUUUAGUUUUGAACAGUUGUGCUCGUUGAGAGCAAACGAUUUAGGACCAUUUAAUAUAAAUACUAUUAAUGAUGAGGCUACCAAUGCGGAUGAUGAUGUUUGGAAAGAACGUCCCAUAUCAUUUGCUGAUCGUUCAAUGAUAAUUCAAAAUUUAGACGGUAGUAAUGAGAAUGAAAAACAAACAUAUUCUAGUUCUUCUUCAUCCUCUGAUGAAAAUAAUAACGAUAACGACAAUAUAGUAAAACAAAGAAAAAAACAAUAUAAACAUAAAAUGAAAAAUUCUAAACAAAUAGUAGAAACAAUGAGUAAAAUAUCAACAGUACCUCAUAAUGAUAAUAAUAAUGAUGAUGAUAAUGAUGAUGGAGAUGAUGAUCAUGAUAAUAAUUAUUUUGUAUCAACAUCACCAAUGCGAAAUAAUAUGAAAGAAGUAUUUAGUAAUAUACCAAUGUCAGAAAUUAAUUUAACAAACGGUUUAUCAACCACAUCAAAUUGGGCUAAUUUUGAUAAUAUUAAUAAAAAUAAUAAUAGUAACAAUGGUGAUGAUACAUCGAUACUUAGUCCACUCGAACCGGUGUCAAGUAGUACACCAGAUCGUAGUAGAAUGUUUCGAGAUGAAUCAAUAAAAAAUUGUAAAACAGUUUUAUCAUUUUCACCAACACAGCAACAAGAAGAACAACAAGAACCAAUGGAUCUUGAGAUGAAACAACCAUUAUCUCCAGAUGAUAAUUCAUUAGAAGAUAAUUUUAGUUUCUUAGUAUCGCGUGGUUUUUUGAAAAAAUCAACUUCACCAUCAAUAUCUGCCGAUGAACUAACCUCAAAAAAAUAA